GAAGGGGGGGGAAACGUGGCUGCGAGUGAAUGUGAGUGUGUGUGUGUGUGUGUGUGAGUGCGAGUGUUGGUGACACAGGACAAAAUGAGAUAAUGAGACCCCUCGGACGGGAGCGGCCGCCCGGCUGCCACCAGCCCUGAUCGCGGCCCCAUCGCUGCUGCCCGGCAUCCCCGCCAAGAUGCCACUGAGCUGCGCCUCCACCUCACCCCGACGCUGCCAUGGCCACGCUAGAGACGCUGCCCGUCCUCAGUGACCCGGCCUACCCCAGCGCGCAGAGCUUCCACGGCUUCGCCCCGCGCUACUCCCAGACCAUCCCCCGGAGCGCCAUGGGGAGCGUGGGCAGCGGCGUGGCCAACGACCAGGAGUUCGCCAUGAAGAGCGUGGGCACGCGCACGCAGAGCGGCGGCCGGCCCGCCGAGGGGCCGCGCAACGGCUACUCCGGCCGGGACAUCCCCCACCGCUACUCGGGCGAGGAGAAGACCUACAAGUCGGAGAAAGUCUCCAACUCACUCUACAUCAACGGCGAGGCGCGCAAGAGCGAGAAGCUGAAGGUGGACAUCUGCGGGAACGUGACCGCCAACAACGAGAAGAACCUGCCGCCGCCGCCGCCCCAGUACCGAGAGCCCGGUAACCCACCAAAGAUUUUGCCGAUUUCCGGCAAACUGGACCAGAGCAAUGAGCCCUUAGUUAGACCCUCAGCCUUUAAACCAGUAGUUCCUAAAAACUUCCAUUCCAUGCAGAACCUCUGCCCGCCGCAGAGCAACGGGAUGGCAGAGAACAGAAAGAGCUUGAACCACGGCAACAGCAAUAGCCCGUCCGCGCCCAAGGGCGGGCUCGACAAGAGCAGCCUUAACAGGACUACAAACCAGGGCGGGGGGCUCUCGGAUUCGGGCCGUAACUCCCUGACCAGCCUGCCCACCUACGGCACGGGCUACAGCCAGCACGUGGGCCCCAUGAGCGCCUCCACCAGCCACAUCAACCGCAUCGGGACCACCUACGUGGAGAAGAACAUCGUGGGCUACAACGGGAUAUCUACCUCAGACAGCGGGCGGUCCUCGAGCAAGAGCACCUCGUCCUUCAGUAGGCUGAACCAUCUCAACGAGACCAUGCCCUUCCACUCGCCCUCGACCGACGACAUCAUCCAGGACCUGGAGGACAGGCUGUGGGAGAAGGAGCAGGAGGUGCUGCAGAUGAGGAGGAACCUGGACAAGAGCGAGGCGGCCAUCUUCCAGGUGUUCGAGGAGAAGCAGAAGAUCUGGGAGAGGGAAAUGGAGGAUCUGAGGCAGAACUAUGCCAACAAGUUGCAGCAGGUCUCCAAAAAGGCGCAGCGGGCUCAGCAGGCUCUGCAGCUCCAAAUCUUCAAGCUCCAGCAGGAGAAAAAAAAACUCCAGGAUGACAUGGGACAACUCCUCCAGCAGCGAGAGGAGCUGGAGAAGAAAUUUGUGGCUUUCAAGAAGGAGCAGGCUGAGUUUCUCCCGAAGAUUGAAGAGACCAAGUGGGAGGUGUGCCAGAAGGCAGGUGAGAUCUCCCUGCUCAAGCAGCAGCUGAAGGACUCCCAAGCCGAUGUCUCCCAGAAGCUCAACGAGAUUGUGGGCCUGCGGUCGCAGCUCAAGGAAGGCAAGAACUUCCUGCGGGAGAAAGAGGAGCAGAUCCUCACCCUGAAGGACUCCUACAGCUCCAAGAGCGUCAACCUGGAGAUCUGCGAGGGCGAGCUGCAGAGGAAGAUGAGCGAGGUCCAGGUGCUGAGGGAAAAACUGAACCACUGUGAGCUGGAGGUCUCGGGCCUGAAGCGGACACUUGCCAGCAUAGGGCCCACGGGGUCUUUUGGUGGGGACCUCGGGGACAAGCUGCGGGGGGACCCGCUGGCCUGCGAGAGCGACGAGGCCAAGAUGCAGCGGCAGAGCGAGGACAGCGUGAACAGCCUGAGGAGGGAGGUGGAGAGGCUGCAGACGGAGCUGAAGCUGGAGCGGCAGCAGAGGGAGCAGCAGGUGAUGGACUUCGAGGAGGAGCGGCGCACGUGGCAGGAGGAGAAGGAGAAGGUCAUCAAGUACCAGAAGCAGCUGCAGCUCAACUAUGUGGAGAUGUACCAGAAGAACCAGCUCCUGGAGCACAAGGUCAACGAGAUGAACACCAAGGCCACCAGCCCCCCGCACACCGAGGAGAAGAAGACAUGGACUCCCUCCAGGCUCGAGAGGAUAGAGUCCACCGAGAUCUGAGGGGGGGCCGAGGUGACGCGACAGAAUUUUUUAUUGCUGUGCAUGUACUACCUACUCAAGCCAGAGAUCUUCCGAAGGAUAAUGCGCUCCCAUGGGAGCGGUGUGAGCGUGCUCCCACCAGGCUCCAUCACCCUCACUCUCCACUUCUGUGCUCCGUAGGUACAAUAACUGUGGAUGUGCGUUGGUUUUCUAUCGACAAUGCCACAUCUCGGCUGGGGUUUUUUCCUAGUACAGCUGGUGAGGGUCAAUUGGCUCUUUUGUAAUCUGCCCUGACUGUUAUUUCACUAGAGGCUGCCACCCCCUCUCCUACAAUUCACCCUUCUUUGGUUGGUUGUUUUGGAGGGUUGUAUUCGGUUUCUUUGGUUUUCCAAGCAUUUAUGUGCAGCAAAACAGUUCAAAGCGGCAGGUUUGUUGUUUUUUGGGUUUUGGUUUUUUUUUUCCAGGACGUUUUUAGCCACAUUGGCUAAUGGAGCAAAGCUCUUGGGAUCAUGAGCAAACUCAAGUGUUCUGCAUCAAGUAUCCUGUCUAGACGGUGGUCUUAGUGAAGUCAGUGCAAGCUUGGCCACUGAUUUCAGUGAAACCAGACAUAUCUCUACCAGACGACUCCCUCUUGCCCUGGCUGCAAGAGGUUAGGACAUCCUUGAGGAGCAGGAUGAGCCUGUCCUGCUAACAGAAGCCAACAAGGAAUGAUGUCCCAGCAGGAGCCUCUCUGGAGGCUCAGCAGAGCUUAACACAUGCUGCGUUUUCACUUCCUUGUGGUUUCCUCCUGCAGUUCCACUCCUCUCCCAGGUUGUGACCAACCCUGGGAGCAGAAACACCCUCCCACCUCUGCCUUGACCCCCUUACUCUAUACCCAAGCUGGCUACAGCAAGAGA